UUUUUUUUUUUGUUUUGUUAUUCAGCCGGCCAUCUUGUUUAAAAGCUGCUUGUUCACUGCUUGAAGAUGAGUCUUCCACCGCUGAGGCCCACAAACUCUGUGAAGAAGCCUGCGUCGAUGGAGCAUGGCGCCUACGGUGUCCACGAAGUUAUGCUUCACGGGUUUCCCAGCGUGAGGAACAGCCUCGCCUCUUCCCACCCGUUGGAGGAAUCGGAAAAACAUUUCGAGGAAAAUGCUAGAAAGAUGCAACUGGCCGCGGUCCGAUCCAUUCAGGGGCUUCAUGCCCCUAUGAAAAUCAUGUUGGAAAGGAAAGCAGCUCUACAGAUUGGCAGACUGCCAUUCUUGCCAAGUUCCAAUACCAUGUUGGAGGCACUGGACGGACGGGAUGAAACCAUCACGUUUGAAGACAUCUACAAUGAUUUCUCAGAAUCGGAGGUUUUGCGACCGCCUCACCUGGUAAUGGAGAAGCACUUGAACAUGCUGUGAUCCUUUGAAGAAAUUUGGUCAUGUAAGCUUUUGCAAAUAAAUCCAGUUUUGAGCACACACAAA